CUGCCUUUCUCCUUCAAUUUUACUCUGUUUGUGUGCAUCCUGUAAUAUUUUAAGAGGCAAAAUGGAGACUAAAGUCUUAUGCUUUACUACAGUAUUGCUAAGGUACAAGGAAAGGCAGAGGUAGGUUGAAAAAGUAUAAAGAGAGGUGAUUAAGUAGGACUUAGCACAUGUGCAACUUACCGAGUACAUGACGCUAUAUAGGAGGUUUAUGGAGUCGAGGAUUGGAGUAGAUUAGUCGUAGUCUAGGUAUUGUUAUUAGGGAACUUUCACAUAUAGCCACUUAAAAAUAGCCCAAUUACUUUCCAUAACUAUAAUUUGAUAAUUAUAAUUUGUAGCUACGAAGAGAGAUGAGCGAGACUAAGGGAGAGAGGAUAGAGCUAGAGAAGGCGAAAAGAGUGGGAGAAAAGUGAAUUGUAUAUGUAUAUCGGCUAGAUAAUUGUAUAUCAUACAUAUGUAUUUGUAUAUAUGGAAAGCGAGCUUAAGAGGGAGGAGAGAGGCAAGCGAGCUUGGGAGAGGGUGGAGAGAGGCAAGAGAGAUUGGGAGAGGGAGGAGAAAGGCGAGCGAAAGCAGGGUUAUGAAAGGCGCUCGCCUCGUCGCCAAAGGCGAGAGGCGAGGCGAGGCGAGGGUGGUUCGCCAUUCUCUGGCGAGGCGAGGCGAGGAGAAAAAGGCGAGCCCCUGGCGAUAUAUGGCGCUGAAAUGGCGAGCGAAAGGCGCCGCCUUUUUGAUUAAAAUUUUUUUGACUAAAUAAUAUUAGUCAAAAUUAGGGUUUUUUUUUACUUUUGAAAAUUUCUGAAAUCCUCCACAUCGCGACUCUCUCUCUCUCUCUCUCGAUCGAUUGACUCUUCUCUUCUCCUCCAUCGCGUCGCUGCUCCCUCGCUGUCGCGUCUCGCUCCCUCGCUGUCGCAUCUCUGCUCCCUCGCCGACGACCUCGCGACUCUCACUCUCUGUUCUCAGGUUUUCAGCGAAUUAAUUGAAUUUAAUAAUCAAUGGCGGAUGCUAGCAAAAAGAGGGACAUUGGAUGGAAUUAUGGCACUCAAGGAGCGACGAAAGAUUCGGUCACUUGUAACUUUUGUGGGAGUACUUUCAAUGGUGGAAUAACUCGACACAAACAACAUUUAGUGGGUGGUUUCAAAAAUGUUAAACAAUGUGUCGCUUGUCCGUCGGAAAUUAGGGAAGAAAUAAGGGCUUAUAUGCAAAACAAAAUAGCUAAUAAUCCCAAAUUUCAAAUGAGGCAACCGGAAGAAUUUGUUGAUAUUGAUGAUCUUGAUGAAAUGGAUGAUUAUGCGAAAAUGAGGCCUCCCUCCAAAACUCAAAAGAUAUCUUCUAGUGGAGGUUCAUCCACCGCACAGAGUGUGACGAAAGGACCUUUGAACCUCUAUUUUUCACAAAAAUCAACACAAAAAGGAGCUUAAAAAAAGGAGGAGGAAUCGAAGAAACAAAGAAAAUUCUAAGAGAGUGUGCGGUAAGUGCUUUUGCAAUUUGGAUGUAUGAUGCCGGGCUCCCUUUUAAUUGCGUCAAUCACAAAUCAUUCGAUAAAUUUAUUGAGGCGGUUGGACAACAUAGCUCCGGAAUGAAGCCUCCUACAUUCCAUGAAGUUAGAGUCACUCACCUUAAAAAAGAGGUGGAUAAAGUAGAAAAAAUUGUUGAGGAGCAUAAAGUGCAAUGGACAAAGUUUGGUUGUUCCAUUAUGAUGGACAAAUGGACGGCACAAAAUGGCAAAAUGAUCAUCAAUAUUUUGGUGAAUUCUCCAAUCGGUAGUGUAUUUCUUGGUUCGGUUGAUGCUAGCAAUGAAUCUACCGAUUCCAUCAAAAUGUACAAGUUAUUUGAAAGCACUAUCGAAAGAAUUGGACCGGAAAAUGUGGUACAAAUUGUCACCGAUAAUGCUAGUGAGAAUAUCAAAGCGGGAAGUAUGAUGAUGGGUGCGUAUCCACACAUUUAUUGGACUCCAUGUGCCGCUCAUUGCAUCAACUUGAUAUUUGGUGACAUAUUCAAGGUUAAGCCAUAUGCUUCCGUUUUUAAGAAGGCCAUCAAAAUCCAUUCUUACAUUAGUCAAAGGCCAUUGUUGUUAAACUUGAUGAGAAAAUUCACCAAAGAAAGAAAUUUGGUGAAACCGGCCAAGACAAGAUUUGCAACGGCAUUCUUAACUUUGAGAGCUAUGUACAUUCAAAGAAAAAACUUGAAAACUUUAGUCCUCUCAACCGAAUGGAAUUCAAGUAAAUUUGCAAAGGAAACUUCAGGGAAAGAAGUUGCCAAUCUUCUUAUUUCUAUCCACUUUUGGAAUGAUGUUGUUCGGGCACUUACAGUUUGUAGCCCUUUGACAAAAGUGUUUCGUUUGGUGGAUGGGGAGAAAAAACCACCAAUGGGUUAUAUUAAUGAGGCAAUGGAUAGAGCCAAAGAAGCUAUUGCACAUGGUUUUCGUGGAGUUCAGAAGCAUUAUGAGAAAGUGUUUCAAAUUAUUGAUGCAAGGUGGUCAGAACAACUCCAUCGGCCUUUGCAUGCUGCAGGCCAUGUUUUGAACCCAGGAUUAUAUUAUAAAGCUGAAGAAGAGGGAACUUUAUUACAGAGUUUGUGGACCGAGUAUUACGCAUGUGUUGAGAAGUUGGUCCGUGAUACAACAAUACAAGAUGCACUAAUCGCUGAGCUUCCUAAGUACAAAAUGGCGGAUGGACUAUUUGGUUGUGGUCCGACUAAAAGAGCUAGAGACACAAGGUCACCGGUUGAAUGGUGGUCACUAUUUGGUAGUGAAACACCAAACUUGCAAAAGUUUGCCAUGAAGCCUAACUUGUAGCUCAUCUGGAUGUGAGCGAAAUUGGAGUGUGUUUGAACACAUUCAUUCCAAAAAGAGGAAUAGGCUUACACUAUCGCGUCUCAAUGAUCUAGUGUAUAUUAAGUACAAUAGAACAUUGAAACGUCGUUAUGAUGCUCGUGAUCUUAUUGAUCCAAUUCGCUUGGAUAACAUAGAUGAUUCCAAUGAACGGUUAGUUGGAUGCCCCGAAGAUCAAGAUGAUGAACUAGUAUAUGAGGAUGAUGAUCUUACUUGGGGUAGUGUUGCUACGACAAUUGGAGCGGACGAGAGUAUCUAUCAUCUUAGGGGACUUUCUUCAAGAUCAACAGUACUUGACAAGGGCAAAGGAGUAGAAAGUACAUCUACAAGUUCAUCUUCAAGUAGGACUCGGACACUAAUUGAUGAAGAAUACGAGGAGGAAGAAGA